AUGAAAUGGAAUGAAGGUGCAAAACAAGGCAUUGCCAUGGCUGGUGGUCAAGGAUAUGGCAAUGGUCUUACACAAUUGUCUUGUCCUCAAGGAGUCGCUGUCAAUCAAUUGGGCACUGUCUAUGUGGCUGAUCGAUGGAAUGAUCGAAUCAUGCGUUGGCCCAAAGGAGCCACACAAGGAAGUGUCAUUGUUGGUGGAAACGGUGAAGGAGGACAAUCGAACCAACUCAAUUGGCCCUUCGGUUUGUCAUUCGAUCGACACGGUAAUCUCUAUGUCGCCGACUAUGGAAAUCAUCGAGUACAAAAAUUCAAUAUCGAAUUCAAAAGCGCCAAAGAGAUAUGCAGAGUUGAUCUCGGUGUAGGUACAUUGAGGUUAAAAGAAAAACCUACCCCCUAAUCGCUUUAAUUUUCGUUCUGUUUUGGAAAACAUUACGAAGCACUAACAGUUGCCUAUUUCAGUGGAUUGUAACGAGUUCCUGGUUGCCAAUGAUCGUAAUAUAUAUGAACCUAGUAGUUUCCUGUUGACAAAUUUCAAUUGUCUUCGAAAGCUAAGUUGUAAUAAUUUGGUAACACACUUUUCCAAUUUAUGAAACGGCAUUCUUAGGGGAUAUACAAUGAAUUUACAGAGAUGUUGCCAAUGUCUCAUCACAUACUAGCACCGGAAACUGCUCUAAUAUCUAAAUAUUAAUAAAUCUGAAAUGAGAAUUUUAAUAUCAGAAAUGAAU